CUGCUCCGCCCCUUCCCCGCGCUGCACUCUGGUCCCGCCGCCAUGUUCUGAUGCCGGAGCCGCCGCCGUUACUAGAGGCCGAGGCUGUGGAGAAAGUGAGGCCCGGCAGCAGGAGCGAACGGCACGGCAGGAAGCCUGAAACAGAGCCUCGGCCGAGCCAGGGAGCCGCCACUCCCCUCGGAGCGGUGCCAUGGCAGCUCGGGAUGGGAAGCUGCCGACCGCCGAUCGGGUGGUGAAGUCUGUCCCCUUUCCACCAACCCAUCGCUUGACAUUUGAUGAGGUCUUUGACACCAAUGGAAAACCUAGGGUAGAUGUUCUGAAAAAUCAUUUAAUUAAAGAAGGUCGGGUAGAGGAAGAAAUUGCACUUAGAAUUAUUAAUGAUGGAGCUGAAAUCCUGCGAAGAGAAAAGACCAUGAUUGAAGUGGAAGCACCAAUAACAGUAUGCGGUGACAUUCAUGGUCAGUUCUUCGACAUGAUGAAGUUAUUUGAAGUAGGAGGGUCACCAGCCAGCACCAGAUACCUCUUCCUUGGUGAUUAUGUGGACCGAGGGUAUUUCAGCAUAGAGUGUGUACUCUACUUGUGGGCUCUUAAAAUUCUGUACCCAAAUACAUUGUUCCUUUUACGCGGGAAUCAUGAAUGCCGACACCUCACAGAAUAUUUCACCUUUAAACAAGAAUGUAAAAUCAAGUAUUCCGAAAGAGUAUACGAUGCUUGUAUGGAUGCUUUUGACUGCCUUCCUCUUGCUGCGCUUCUAAACCAGCAGUUUCUUUGUGUUCAUGGAGGACUUUCUCCAGAAAUUCAUAGUUUAGAAGAUAUUAGAAAAUUAGAUAGGUUUAAGGAGCCACCUGCAUUCGGGCCGAUGUGUGAUUUGUUGUGGUCAGACCCUUCAGAGGAUUUUGGAAAUGAGAAAGCGCAAGAACACUUCAGUCAUAAUACAGUGCGAGGAUGCUCCUACUUCUACAGUUACUCAGCUGUUUGUGAAUUUUUACAACACAAUAAUUUGCUAUCCAUAAUUCGAGCUCAUGAGGCCCAGGAUGCAGGCUAUAGAAUGUACAGAAAAAGCCAAACCACUGGGUUUCCAUCAUUAAUUACAAUCUUUUCUGCACCAAACUACUUAGACGUCUACAAUAAUAAAGCUGCUGUAUUGAAGUAUGAAAACAAUGUGAUGAAUAUUCGACAGUUCAACUGUUCUCCUCAUCCCUACUGGCUGCCUAACUUCAUGGAUGUCUUUACAUGGUCGCUGCCAUUUGUCGGAGAAAAAGUAACGGAGAUGUUGGUUAAUGUCCUCAAUAUUUGCUCUGAUGAUGAGCUUAUGUCUGAAGGCGAUGAUGCUUUUGAUGGUACAGCUGCAGCUCGGAAGGAGAUCAUUAGGAACAAGAUUCGAGCAAUUGGCAAAAUGGCCAGAGUAUUUUCUGUUCUCAGAGAGGAGAGUGAGAGUGUGCUGACACUGAAGGGAUUAACUCCCACCGGAAUGUUACCAAGUGGGGUGUUGGCAGGAGGACGACAGACCCUACAAAGUGAAGGGCAGCCAGAACUGUACACAGUACUCAAAAAGUCAUCUCACCAAAGUCCUUUACAGACGCAACAUGACAUCCCAACUCGUUUACUCAGUGCACUGAUCAAUGAAGCAAUCCGAGGAUUCUCACCACAACACAAAAUCUGUAGUUUUGAAGAAGCUAAAGGGCUGGACAGGAUUAAUGAGCGAAUGCCACCAAGGAAGGAUGCUACCCAGCAAGAUGGCAUCAACUCUGUGAAUGCGUCAAAUACUAACGAGAACAAUGGAACUGGCAACAGCAACAUACAGUGACUGUCUCCCCUUAUCAUUCUCUCAUUGCCUGAGAUCUCCCUGAAUCACAGCUUCUGAAAUGGCUUCAGUUUCUUGGCCAAAGCGAUCUAUCCAUAUGUUUUUUUGAACGACUGAACAAAUUUGGUGACUUUUAAAUGAUCAGUUACGGUAAAGCCAUCCUGCUUUUGAGAGAACGGCCUGUGGUAGAUGAAGAUUCAUGUGCAUGCAGCAUAUACUCAAGACUUCUGGACCCUUGGAAAGGCAUAACUGUUUUCACUAAAUCACGUCUAGAAUAGCAUCUCACGCCCAUCGACUUCAACACCUGUUAAGUUUACAAUCUUUGUUGAAUAGCUUUAGUUGAUUCCAAUCAAAAUUUGAACAGAAACCCUAAUUAAUGCUGAAGAGCCACUAUUUAUUGCUGAACAUUGUUUCAUAAUAAUGUCUACUAAAGACAAGUUUUUAAAUUGUAGAAUGGUCUUAAAAAGUAAUUCUGAGGCUGCAAAAUUAUGUAUUUUAAAUUUAGAAAAUGCCAAAAAUAAAUCUAUUGGAUGGCAGGGCCUGGUAACAUGCUGACCUCAGCUUUAUUCCUUCUAUCGGACGUUAUUAAGCCUGUGCUACAAUUGCUGCAUUCUAGUUUGUAGAAAUGUUUCUUGCUUUAAAAGAAACCAAAGCUAUUUAACCCAGAAGGACACUGGCCCGUAGACCCCAGCUUUUGUUAAAUUUACAUUUCUGACCCCUUUUUAAGUUUUAACCUUAUUUUGAAUUACUAGCCCACACACAAUGUUAAUUGAAAGGUACUUUAAAUUGGAUUUUGUACAUUGUGAAAAGACAUUUGAUUCAUAUCAAGUCUGUAAAGCUUAGCUGUGUAAUUUGUGUAUGCAUGUUUUUUCAUUUUGCAGAUAUUUAAUAUAUUAGACCUAUUAUGUACAGGACAGCAUCCUAGGGUUGCAUAAAUGUAAUGGGUACCUUUUUAGUGCAUUGUGAGUAUUCGACUGGCUUAUAUUGCAGCAACCCCCAGGGUGGAAGAGCUUCAGGCGUUUUGACAUGUUUCUGUUUAUGCGAUGCAAGCUAUUGUCCAGUUUAAAACCAGGAUCGUGGUGGCAGUGUCAAAUCAAGGUUGCAUGUGAAUUUUUUUUUAUAAUAUUGCUCUGUUCAAAUACAUUGUGUCAAAAAGUUAAUGUUUUAUUUGAUUAAUAACAAUAUUGAUUGUCACAGUACUUGGCUGCAUUUUAAUGCAUUUGCAACCGGAUCCAUUUCUCAAUCUCUCGCCCACCAAACUUGAAACAUCAUGGGAAAGAAAAGUAAUUGUCUCCCCUCUUUGUUUGCCAUGAGCACAUGUACAUAAGUCUGUCUCAGCUGGAAGCUGUACACUUGCUCUGACAUAUUUAAAUAUUUUCUAAGAUGGUACACAAUAAAUGUUGUGUAUGGGCCACGGCUUUUA